UUCAGUGCGAGAGAGACGGCUACCACAGCCGCCGAUUCACCUGCACUCCGAGCGGGGGGACAGACAUCCAGCAGCCGGCCCAGCCUUCAGAGCUGGUGGACGCUGUGGUGGAGCUAAAGCAGCCGGGGGACCAGGACAGGAGACGGGGUUUUAAAUCCAACAACAACAACAACAACAACAACAACACAGCUGAGAUGACAGUCCAAUAACACCUCCGAGCUCUUCUCCUCUCUCCACUCUGACGACCUGAGACUUCAGCGGCGCUGACACACACACACCGCUCACAACAACUCUCCAACUCACAUCUGGAGGAAUUUCGAUAGUUCACCCACCGCAGCAGCAGCAGCAGCAGCAGCAGCAGCAGCAGCGGCAGCAGCAGCAGCAGCAGCCGGCCACCAUGUACCGCUCAACCAAAGGAGCAUCCAAGGCUCGACGGGACCAGAUCAACGCCGAGAUCCGGAACCUGAAGGACUUGUUGCCUAUCACCGAUGCAGAUAAAGCGCGGCUGUCAUACCUGCACAUCAUGUCACUGGCCUGCAUGUACACCAGGAAAUCCGUCUUCUUCACUCAAGGAGGGGGAACCGCUGCUGGUCUGGAGGAGAGCGCGGGCUUUCUGUCCUUCCACGAGCUGUCGGAGUUGAUGCAGGCGCUGCCGGGCUUCCUGAUGCUGGUGACCGGGGAGGGGAAGCUCCUGUACCUGUCAGACAGCGUCUCCGAGCACCUCGGACACUCGAUGGUGGAUCUCGUGGCUCAGGGGGACAGCGUGUACGAUAUCAUCGACGCCUCAGACCACUUCAUCAUGAGGAACAACCUGUCGACCUCCACCUCCCUCGAGAUGGAUCGUCUCUUCCGCUGUCGUUUCAACACCUCUAAGUCCGUGCGGAGGCAGAGCGCUGGGAACAAGCUGGUUCUGAUCCGAGCUCGCUGCCUCUCUCUCCCCUCCACCUCCCCCACCACCGGCUCCUACUGGACCUCCAACCCGGUCUGGGUGUGCUUCUGCUCCCCACUGGAGCCCCACCCGAGCCGCUCCGGCCCCGGAGCAGAGAGGGAGUCCACCUCCUCCGCCCCUCCUCUGGCUGACACCAACUUGUUCCUGGCCUGCUUCUACUCGCAGCACGGCCGCGACAUGAGGCUGCAGCUCGCUCAGGACAGCGUGAGCUCCUAUCUCGGCUUUGAUGUGACAGCUUUACGCGCUCGCUCCUGGUACAGCCUCCUCCACCCACAGGAUCUGUCACAUGCCUCCGCUCAGCACCGCAGCCUAUUGAGAGAAGGAGGAGAGGGCAGAGCUGAGAUGGUGGUGCGUGUGCAGGCUCAGGACCAGUCGUGGGUUUGGCUCUACAUGGUGCUCCAGCUGCAGCCGGGAGAGAUCCCCAUCAGCAGCAACAACUACAUCAUCAGUGAAUCUGAGGCCUGGUCGGUCCGUCAGCAGCUCAGCUCAGAGCAGAACCAGCUCACCCUGGUCCUCAGUUCCGGCACCUCUCAGCAGGAGGGUCUGAGCCUCCAGUCUCCAGAAACCCUCUCCAGCCCAGACCAGGUCUUCACCCCAGGCAGCAGCGGCCUCUCGGCCCAGUCCUUUGACUUCAGCACCGCCGGCUGCAGCGUGGGCUCCUCUGAUGAACCGGGGAGCUCUGCCGCCGAGGCCAUGCAGCUGGAGGGCGACCCCCGCUCCAGCAUCUCCUCUCUGGAGGAAGAGAGCUUCUUCCAGCAGCAUCCCACUGAGAGCCCCUCAGUCGCCUCCUCACCCACCCCGGUCACUGUUGAAACAGUAGCAGACUUAGACUUUUUGACCCAGAACAUCCUCCUGCCUCCCUCUUUCCAGCUCGACCCCCCUCUGCCAUCUCUCCCCCUGCCACUCCCGCCCGUCCCCACCUCACAAGCUCAGCAGAGCAAAGAGUUUGUGUGCACUCCACCCUACACCCCACAGAUCGGAGGGGCCAGCUUCCCAUUUGGUGAGCCUCUCUUCAGCUUCGACCCCACUGGCACCACCACUCCUCCGCCCUCUGCCACAACGGCCACCGCCACCACCUCUCUGGCCCCUGCAGCCUCCUCCUCAGGCCCACCAACCACCGCCUCCAGCCCCACUCCCCCCACCACCCUCUCAACCAAGCCUCCCCUCGCUCUGCCCACGCUGUCCACUGACUUCCUGUUCUCCGUCGACCCCUGCAGCGGCUCCCUGUACGAGAAGCUGCCCCCCACGCCUGACAGCCCCGGAGACGGCGACUGCACAGUGAUGACCCUUCCCGAGGUUCGGGGUCCGCUGUAUGUAGAUGUGCCACUGGGGCCCCUCCAGUGUCCCCCUGAGGGCCUCCUCACCCCUGAGGCGUCACCCGGUAAACAGCCCUGCCUGUCCUUCUUCUCCCUGGAGAGGGAGAGGGAGAAGGAGAGGGCGGAGAUCUCCCUCUUAGCGCAGCACAUCAGCUCCCUGGCAGAGGGAUUCUACCUGGAUCCACUGCUGUCCAAACUCUCUCCCCCCUCCAUGUCACCCUCAUCCUCCCCUCCCUCCCCCUUCCUGUCCCCCACCGUAGAACCUGCGGAUUCAGUCCACAUGCUGAGGGAGUUUUAUCCCAUCAAAGCAUGGAGAGGUCUGGACAUUCCCAUCUUCCUCGACGAUGAUGAUUCUCUGUUUGAAGAGAGCAUCCUAGAAACCCUCCUCCAAGACGACUUCGCUCCUCCCCAGUCCGCCAUGCUCUCCUCCGCCUCCCCCUCCACCUCCCCCGUGCCCAUUCCCUCCAGCCCCUCCUCCCCAGUGUGCUGGCGCCAACCCUCCCAGUUUGAGGGAGUGGGCCACUUCUGUAGCGUCCAAUCGGCGCAAUGUAACUCCAUGGCCGGGUGCGGGGCGACUGUGGCUGCUGAGGCCGGGGCAAAUGUGGAAGGGGAGGGGCUGGCGGAGGAAGCAAUGGAGAUCGAGGUGGUGUCAUCUCCUGUGUCCUCCUGCUCCUCCAUCCCGGCUUCCCCUCCCCUCAUCCUCACUGCCUCCCCCAGCCCCGUCACGUCCACGCCCAUCGCCUCGCCCACGCCUGCUGUGUCUUGCACUCAGUCCCUCCUGGAGGAACUGGCCGUCCUGGAACCCAUGUUUGGGGCAGGUGCCUCGAUCGCCCCUGGCUUAGGGCAACAACCUGAGUUGUAUCAACUCCAAUGUCAUCCAUCGCCACAGUGCUUCCACAAAGAUGGGAGUGGAAGUGUUCCUCCGUUCUAAAAUAAGUCUGUGACUUACUUCAUUAAGUAUGGCAUAUUGUCAUAUUUUGUGGAGCCCCUUUUACUGCAAAGUAAAAAAUAAUUAAGUGUAUAAAUAUACAUAAUGUAUAUACAACUUAAGGACUUUAACUCCUACAUGUCUCCUCAGAACAAAGAUUGGCUUUAUAUUUUUGUUCAGUCAUUAAUCUGUAUACUACUACAAACCUGGUGCAACAUUUUACGUGACGGGUCGACCGCAUGGGCUCAGAACUGACUGGGUUCUGAGUCCAUGUGGUGCCUCUCAGCUUCUCUGUGACAUGAGCUUCAGAUAUGAUCAGACAGAGACAAACUCUCUGAACGUGUAACGCGCUGUUUAACUUCCAGACGCGCAUUUGUAUUCACUCGUAGUGAAAAAAAAAAAAAAAUCUGUUGUGAACAAAAAAAAAAAAGAAAAGAAAAGAAAAAACAUUUCUUGCUACUUCAAUGGGGAAAUGAAUUAUAGCACUUUUUGCCUGACAUGCAGCAACGCAAACCCAAACCUCAAACGUACCCGGAAGUCAAAUGUUUACAAUUCCUUUUUUCUACGUCCUUCGGGUGACCACUACCAGAGCAUCCAACCACAAGAGAUCUUGAACAAACUUCAGAGCCUUCGAGGCGACACAAAAACCCCCACAGACAGUAACUUUAAAACCCGAGAUACUUUGAGCUUUGAGUUUGCGGCUUCAAUAAAACCUUUAACAUUUCAUAUUUAUCUCUCCAUCUGAAAAUCUUGUGUAUCAAUGUGAUGUGCAAACAAACAAAAGGAAAAAAAAAAAGAAAAAGAAAAAACAUGUGAAGAGAUUCUGGCAUGUGAAGAUAUCAAGAUUGUCGAAGGAGACGUUGUCUGGAAGUUUCUCUGAUCAUGCCACAAAUCCACUGCUCCGUCGUACUGUACAUUAGACUCUGAAUGUGGGCUCUUCAGGUCCCUCCAGUUGGCUGGAUAUUGUUGCAGCAUCAAUAUUUGCAAUGCUGGCAGCGUAUAGCGGCUCCUGAAGCGGCCCCCUGACCUGCUGAACUCUGAACUCUUUAUCAUGUCCAUUCAACAUGGACUUUUACAUCGUUGCUCCACUGGAGCGCGGUGUAGUUGAGGCACAAUUGACUAUGUGAAUGAGCGAUUCUUCUUUUUUGAGAGGGGUUAGAAUACACAAAAGUUUUGUUUUAAAAAAUGACAAAUAUAGGGAUGGGGUGCUAUUUCUAUUCAGUUACCAAGCGACACGGGUUGAGAAUGGUACUAUUCCCAUGGUGUCGACAUGCUCACGUAGAGUUGUCUACGGUCAAGUAAAGGAUUGAUUCCUACGUUUCUAGCUAUUCAAGGCUAAGUUAUUAUACAUGUGUAAAAUUACUAUAUUGUAUGUGUGACAUUUGAACAAGAUGUUAAUGCAUAUGCGUUAUGUCUGUGGAUAUAGGCAUAUGUUCUUUUCAGAAAGGUUGUACACAUUUGUACAUUUGUAUGAAACUGUUCUCGGUCUGUACAUAUGAGAAAGAGAUUUUUAUUGCAUAAGAUGGAAUAUAUUCUGAACAUCUUACCUACUGCAGAAUGGACAUUGUGGACCAGUGUUCUAUUGUGUUGCUUAUAAGUGUAUUUGGUUGUCAUACAAAUGCAUUUAUAUUAAAGUGCACUUAUAAUGCGGCUGAUGCAUCCGUGUCG